AUGGAGGACCACAAAUCCUGCAGGACAACUUCUAAUUCAAAGAUGUCGAGAUUGAAUGAAUAUCAGAUUAUUGGCCGUCGUCUCCCAACUGAGGCUGUACCUGAGCCCAAAUUAUUUAGAAUGAGAAUCUUUGCUCCAAAUGCUGUUGUGGCAAAAUCUCGUUAUUGGUAUUUCUUGCAGAAGUUGUACAAGGUCAAGAAGGCUUCAGGCGAAAUUGUUGCACUUAACGUCAUUGCUGAUUCUACGCCAACUAAGGUGAAGACUUAUGGUAUCUGGAUUAGAUACGAAUCUAGGUCUGGAAUCCAUAACAUGUACAAGGAAUACAGAGAUGUCACUAGAGUGGGUGCCGUGGAAACCAUGUACCAGGACUUGGCUGCUAGACACAGAGCAAGAUUCAGAAACAUUCACAUCUUGAAGGUCGUUGAGUUGAAGAAGACCGAAGAUGUUAAGAGGCAAUAUGUCAAGCAAUACUUGGCCAAGGACUUGAAGUUCCCAUUACCCCACAGAGUCCAAAAGUCGAAGAAGUUGUACGAGUUCAAAGCACCUACCACCUUCUACUAA